UGGUGGGUGGCAGCCCUGCCCACAGCACGGGGUGGGACUGGGUGGGCUGUGAGGUCCCCUAAACCUAACCUAAGCUAUUCAAUGAUUCUCCUGCAAGACACAGCAGCAGCUCAAGCCUGGCUCUCCCCAGGCACAGCAGUCAGGGACAGCCAGCCUGGCAUGCUGUGGGAGCACCACCCCCGUCCCCCAAUGGUCAGAGCUGCAGGCAGACAGGCCUGGGAGGGGGCCAAAAUGAAGAGGAUAGCCAUAUUCCCAUUGAACCAGAGAAGCGUGAGGGGCCGGCACGGGGCGGUGCGGCUGCUCCACCUGUCGGGGCGGGCUCGGGCAGGCCAGGUGAGGCGGUGCCGGCCCUGCCUUUCCCUCCUUCCACAGCCUCCCGGCAUUGCGGAUGCCGGCAGCAUGGCGGACUCCCAGGUGUUCCUGCUGGACGAGUCGCACGUCAACGAGAAGGUGACAGAGGCGCAGGCCUGCUUCUAUUAUAGCGAGGAGCAACGUCGAGCCCUGGAGACGCUGGUGACCCGAGGCGAGGCCGCAUACAGGGAGACCCUGCGAAAGGAGCAUCUCCAGGACUUCCUCUCCAGCCAGGAGCUGCAGGCCCUGCGGGGCAGCUGGCGGGCAUAUGAAGACCCGCGGGAGAGUGCCAAGGUGAUGCGGGGCCCCGGCGGCAAGGCCGUCUCGCUGGCCUACUGGCCUGAGCUCUCGGACACGGAGGUCCCGCCGCUGGACCUGGGCUGGACCGACAAGACCUUCUACCGGGGCAUCAGCCGUGUGGCCCUCUUCACGCACCCUCGCAAGGAGGAGAACGUGCCCCAUCUGAAGGAGGUGGUGAGGGAGAUGAUCCAACAGGCACAGAAGAUUAUUGCAGUGGUCAUGGAUGUAUUUACAGACCAGGAUAUCUUCCGAGAUAUUGUUAAUGCAGCUUACAAACGCUGGAUCCCAGUCUAUAUAAUCCUAGAUGAGGACGGUGUGAAGCUCUUCCUGGAAAUGUGCAGAUGCCUUGAGCUCAGUGACUUGCAGAUUCGGAACAUCCGCAUCCGUUCUGUGACAGGAGUUGGGUUCUACAUGAAAACAGGGAAGAUCAGAGGUACACUGGCAUCUCGAUUCUUGAUGGUAGAUGGUGAAAAGGUGGCCACUGGAUCAUACAGCUUCACAUGGAGUUCAUCCCAUAUUGACAGAAACAUCCUACUAGUCUUGACAGGACAGCAUGUGGAGAUGUUUGACAUUGAGUUUCGUGAGCUCUACGCUAUCUCAGAGGAAGUAAAUUUCUGCAAGGAAUUGGGUAUUGCUAAUCCAAACCAUCAUGGAAUUGGGAAAUCAGGCUUUCAUUCCUCCACCGUGGCUCGGAAGAUCAUUAAUCCCAAGUAUGGCUUAGUGGCAGGGGCAACUCGUGGUGAUAUGUUGCUCUGGGCUUCACGACACAGGGAGGAUAAUCAGGAUAAUAUGGAAAGGGAAGAAACAAGCGAGUCUAAGAAACGAUUAAAUCAGUUUCUGAAUGACUUAAUCACAUUAGAGCAAGAACUCCCAGAGAUUGAACCACCUCUGGAGAACUUCAGCAGGCAGAAUCGGAGCCCUCAGAAACUGUUGUCCCGGUUCCACAUGGACCUGAAAAACAGAUCCAAGUCCAGAGAGUCCAUUCGUGAUGUGAAGAAAGAAGAUGCACAGGCCAACUCAAAGCAAGGCAAGCGGUUUGCCAGUGGGAUUUUUGGUCGCAAGGCCAAACGAUCUCCAGAUUCAAGCAUUGAAGCAAAUUCUUUUGCCAGUGAAGGACACUCAGGGGAAGACCUCGGGAAUAUGAAACUGGAAUAUGAGCAGCUCAGCACAAGCCAUGCCAGCGUUCGGAGCGCUGAAGGCAUCUCAGGUAACCUGGGUCCAAACUCCACUGCAAGCGAUAAAAGCAAACAAUCUACCUGUGUGUUAUCUUGAUUGCAUGGGAAACUGAAGACUGAACAAGCUGGCUUAGUAACAUGUUUAUCGAUUUGUCCUUACACAGUGGUCUGUCAAGCCACUGUGUGAUCCUGGAUGCAGCUGGCACCCCCAGUUAAAUCUUAUUUACUGGGUGAAGCAUAGACUUUGGAUGGUCUGUCCCUUAAAUGAGGGUUAAUGAUGAAUGUAUUAGUCCAUACGUGUGUGUGCAUAUAGAUUUUAUACAUAAAAACAACUGUGAUGACUGGUCUCAGAGCUUGCUCUGUGUCCAGGUAAAUGCA